AACAGAUUUUCCAAAGCUUUUGGAAAAAUAUGAAUUGGAAUGAGAAAAAAACAUAUGUAAAUAACCUUGUAGAUAUUUCUAAGGCAAAGAGAGCAAAGAACGAGUCAAGGCGAUCAAACACUCUUACUUAUCAUUUGAGGCUUAAUAAUGAUAGAUUAAGAGUUUGCAAGAACAUGUUUUUGAAUACCUUGAGUUUAAAAGAGUGGACAGUUCGUUCCUGGACUAUUCUUCCAGCGGGUAAACGUCCCUUCCCUGUAACAAAAGACCCAAAUUUAUCCCUAAAAAGAACUUUUGUUAAACAGUUUUUAGAUUCUCUUCCAAAGCUUCCUUCCCACUACUGCAGAGCUUCUUCAAAUAAAUUAUACCUUGAGCCCGUUUUUAAUACUCAGAGUCAGUUAUAUAAUACGUAUAAAAUUGAAGCUGAACAACUGUUGCAACCUGUCGCUUCCAGAAAAGUGUUUGAUAGUGUAUUUUUCAAAGAAAAUUUGGGAAUAUUUAAUCCAAAAAAGGACGAGUGUAAUAUAUGUUGCGGUUUUAAAACUAAGAAUAUAUCGGAAAAAGAAUAUAAUGUUCACAUAGAUCGAAAAAAUACUGUUAGAGCUGAAAAAUGUAAAGAUAAAACGUUGGCUCUUAAUGGUGAAAUUCAUUUGAUAACAGCUGAUUUACAAGCUCUAAAAUUAUGCCCAAAAUUAAAUGCUAGUGCUGCUUACUACAAAACCAAACUUGCUGUUCACAACUUCACAAUAUAUAAUCUGGCUACAAAGGAUGUUAUGUGCUACUGGUUUGAUGAGACCGAGGGUGAUCUGAAAUCAUCAUCUUUCACAAAUUUCUAUAUUGAUUACAUUACGUCAAUACUA